AUGAUUUUUUAUAAUUGGUUAAUAAUGAACAAUUAUUUAGGGGACGAGGAACUUAAAAAUUUACAUUCAAAAUUGAAGUACGCUGAGUUCGAUAAGAAAUAUGUAAAUUGUGAGGGCCAUAGUAUUCCUAUUGAUGCAAAGAGUUUCAUAAAUAAAUACAAGUGGUAUGAGAACGAUUCUAACAAAAUACUUAAAGCUUUUUGCUAUGCAUAUAGAACAAAUAUGAAAACAGAUAUUAAUGAAGAUGAUUGUGAUUAUAUGUUCUUUUGGUUAGGUGAUAUAGUAUAUAGAAAUUUAAUACAAAAAGAUUUAUUUUCCAAUGUUAUGGAUGGGCUUAAUUUUUUUUUAAAAAGUUAUGAAGGUUUCGGUAUAUGUAAUUAUUAUAAAUAUGAUAAUUAUUAUAACACUCAUCAUAUUUUUAUGGGCAUAAAGAGAUUAUUUGAUUUUUCGAAAGAUUAUGAUAUACUUGAAAAAUAUUUUCAAACACCUAACAGGUCUUGUAAUGGUUCUUUUAAUUUAUAUCUCGACCAAGGUGUCAUAAAAUAUAGAGAGUGUAAAAACAGUUGUAAUAAUCCUUCAAGAAGGGAUACGACAUGUAACGCAUUUAAUAAAUACUUUAAUGAUAGGAAUAAAAAUGAUUUAAGAGAAUGGACAUGCAAUUCAGUAGGAAAUGGUUCUAGCUUAGCAGAAGUGCAACAAUAUUAUGAAGAAGUGGUACAAUCACCUCCUUAUGGAGAAGUAAAAAGAAUAGAGAAUCCACCAAGUGUAGAUCAUGGAGCACCUGAGGCAUAUGAAUCUAGGAUAGAGGUACCUGGGUUACAAGAAUCUGGAAUAGAGCCACCUGAGGGAGAGGCACAUAGAGAUAUACAAAUAGAAACUUCAAGUAGAACGACAUAUCAAAAUGAAGAUCAUAGCGUACGUUCGAUUUUAUUUAAAGAACACUCAAUACAUAUACCUUCAAAUGAUUCUACAUUGAGGUUUAUAGGUCCCAAAGUAAAUGCCUUUACUGAUAAUAUAGAUGAUACUUUAGAUUCUUCGUCCUCACAGGGUAUGAUUAUUGCCCCUUUAGUUAUAGGAAUUACAGUUUUCUUUAUUAUACUAUGCAAAUAUUGGUUAGAAAAUGCUUUUCUGGGAAAAUCUAAAAGGAAACAUAAUAUUAUAAUGAAUAGGAAUAUAGCAGAAAAUUAUACAAUGAGAGAAGAUAUACAUUCAGCAAGAAGAUUUAAUGUAACGUACAGUAAUAUAUGA